AAGGCGCCAUGACCUUUUACCCGCCUCACAACCGACAGUCAUGCGGUCAGAUUAACGUUAAGGUGUGUGAGUAACAGCCUGCUGCCCGGUGAACCGGCUGGCACCGUUUACCGGAUCCGUUAACCGGUUAAAGGAGCAGCUAGCAGGUUAGCUAGCGGUUAGAGUGACAGUGUUAGCCGCUAACAGCUAACUGCUAACAGCUAACAGGAGAUGGAGGAGUUUCUGUCGAGCUGCCGCCGAGCCGUGCAGGUGAACUCAGACCAGCCUGGACCACAGUUCCAUGUUGUCAUGGGGAACGAGGCCUGUGAUGUGGACUCCAUGGUCUCUGCUCUGGCCUUCGCCUACUUCCUGUCUAAGACUGUGCACAGUGAGAUGCUCGCUCUCCCUCUGUUGAACAUCCAUCAGUCAGACCUGCUGCUGCGCUCAGACAACCUGUUCCUGCUGCGACAGACCGGUUUGUCUCCAGACCUGCUCCUGUUCAGGGACCAGCUGGACCUGAGAGCCCUGCACAGAGCCGGCCGCCUGCAGCUGACACUGGUCGACCACAACGUCCUGCCCAGUUCAGACAGUGACCUGGAGGGGGCAGUGGUGGAGGUGAUCGACCAUCACCUGUUGGAGAGAGAGCCCUCCCCCUCCUGUCCUGUUACUGUGGAGACGGUGGGAUCCUGUGCUACCUUGGUGACGGAGCGCAUCGUCCAGAAAGCUCCACAGAUCCUGGACCAGCAGCUCGCUCAGCUGCUCUACGCGGCGGUGGUGUUGGACUGUGUGAACAUGGCUCCUGCUGCAGGGAAAGUGACACCCAAAGACAGUCAGUACGCCGCCAUGUUGGAGACGCGUUUCCCCGCUCUGCCACCGAGGGGCGCUCUGUUCCAGGCGCUGCAGAACGCCAAGUUUGAUGUCUCAGGUCUGAACACUCAACAGAUGCUGUUGAAGGACAUGAAAGCUGUUUCAGGAAGUCUGAACGUCGCUGUCUCUGUUCUCUACAUCACACUGGAGGAGUUCCUGCAGAGGGCGGAGCUGGAGGCGGAGCUCUCAGGUUUCUGUCAGAAGUUUGGAUUUGAUUUGCUGCUGCUGAUGACCAUCUCCUUCACUGAGAGCAAAGAGCCAAUCAGAGAGCUCGCUGUGUUCAGCCACAGCGCCACCUGCAGGGAGCAGGUGAGCCAGUACCUGGAACAGGCCCGUAACCCCGCCCUCAACCUCUGUCCAAUCAGCAGCCCCCAUCCUCACAUCAUAGCCUAUCAGCAAGGAAACACGUUGGCGUCUCGUAAGAAGCUCCUCCCCAUCAUUAAGGAUUUCCUGAAGGAGCAGGACGGAGACGGUUGCCAGGGAGAUGCGGAGGAGGAGGAGUCUCAGGUCCCUCCCACCCCCAUGAACAGUCUGGUGGAGGGCUGUCCUCUGGACGACGGUCUGCCGCACAUCAGCGCUCAGGACCUGGAGGAGAAGGUCAGCAAGAUGGCCGCCAGAGGAGGGAACUGACCUCUGACCUCUGAGCCGCGUGUCAGGGGAUGAAGGUGGAACACAGAGACACAGAACAGUCAUGAGUUUAUUGUCUAUGUUACGGAUUCAGAUCUGAACCUGGACGACGGCAGCGAGGAUCCGUCUGAGGUUUGUGUUUGUGUUUGUGUUUAAACAUCAACAGGAGAUGGAGAGAGUUAAAGCUGUGACACGUUUAAAGACACAGCGGAAAACUGAGCUUUAAUAAUCAGAUGAUACACUUUCACUGUUUGAACACUAGAUGGCAGUGUGAACCACAGACAGGAAAUAAACAGAUCAAUCAGAUUAAUACUCUGAUCAGAUCGAGCUCCUGAUGAGACGUAAUCAAUCAGACAACUGAUAGAAAAUUAAUGGGAAACUUCAAUAAUAAAAAUUGACCUGACAGUAGAGACAGUACUUAAUUUCCCUGAGGGAGUCAUCCCAAGGGAUCAAUAAAGUCUGUCUAAGUCUAAGUAGAGGCAGAAGAAUCGUGUUGGAGACAGAAACAGAGUGAAUCUGACCUUUGACCUGCAGCAGGUAAACCUCUCUCUCUCUCUGUGCUGAAAUAAAAUCUGUUUUUACAAGCUCACUCUGAUGUUGUCACAUUGAAGGUGGAAUAAAGUUUAUUCACGUGUUCAUUUUAA